AUGUCAAUCGAUAAGGCGGAUCCUGCGCAACACCAAAACAACAACAAUCAUCUCAAUGGCCUAAACGGUCACCCUCGGGACGAGACCGACUCUCUCGUUGGCUCAAGCCCUGAAGGCGAUCAUCACCCUGCGAUAACCUCUGCCAAUGCCACCCAAGAGCCUCAGCAGCCUAAGAGGAAGGGCGGCCGCAAACCUAUCUAUGCGACUUCCGAAGAGCGAAAGCAGAGGAACCGACAGGCUCAAGCUGCUUUCCGAGAACGUCGAACUGAAUACAUAAAACAACUCGAAGAGACCAUCCGUGUCCAUGAGUCCAACCUUCAUAACCUCCAGGCGGCCCACCGCACUGCUGCCGAUGAGUGUUUGAUGCUUCGAUACAAGAAUUCGCUUCUUGAGCGUAUUCUUCUUGAAAAGGGAAUCGAUGUUCAGGCUGAGCUUCGUGCAAAGACCGGUAGCCCCAAUCUGGGACCAACUCAUAUGCCUCAGAACAUAGUUCAGCCGCCCCCAAUCCAGCGUGCUAUUAUGAACCGUCAUCACCAAUCUCGUCGAUCAAACUCGAAUAUCGCUCCCAAGGCUGAGCCUGUCCCGGUACUGCCGCCGCCGCUUCAACCACACUCGAAUGCUGCCUCACCUAAGAACCGCCCAACUCCAUCGUCGCACUCCAACUCGCCAAGCAACACCGGUUCCGCCUUCUCACCCGCUGCUUCCGAUAACAUGUCAAUGCGAGGUUCCAUGACAAGUAUGUCACGACAGCAGAUGCCUCAACAGCCACAUCAACCACAGCAGCAACAGCAGCAGCAGAUGCCCCAGAAUACACAGGCCCCUCGACCUUCAAUGAUGCAGAACGGUGGUCGAGGACAGACUGGAUCUGGAGCUUCCUACUAUCCCACACCGGCUUUCCAAAACCACAUCGAGCAGCUUGGUAAGCCGUUUUCUCCAUCGUUUGAUAGACAACACACUAACACUGUACCUCCAGAGCAAGAAUAUGAUGCUCAAGCAGAUAUGAUUGACGAGCCUGAGAUUGAAACCCCUGCUGGUCAUGGAGGAUACCCUUCGGGCUACAGCGGCGAGAACCAACAGCCCAUGAUGAUGUCGCCUGCCUCCAGUGGACCCGGACACCAGAUGACACCAUCCCACGAGCCUGUUCAGCAACAGCAACAGCAGCCUCAGACCACCCACUCACAGUAUCCGUCGAUGACUCAGUUGUUGGACCAAAACGGCCUGGACUGGGAUCCUUUUGGAUUGAGUGCCAGCAUGGCGUUCCCCAACGGGCAGCAAUUCCAGUUUGAACAAGCCAAUAUGAGGUGA